GAUCUAGAGAGAGGGCUGUGGGGAACUUAAUAAUGACAGGGCAAUCAUCCAGAUGUACACAUGGUGCUGGUCAUAGCUCAAUUAGAACUUACAGUUUUGAGCUUUAUGGCGAGAGGAUUGAUCCAAACUUAAGUCAAGGUCAUGAGAAAGUGAAAGAGAACGAGAAAGAAGAAGAUCAAUAUCUGUGUAGCAAUGGUAAUUCAUUUAAUAGAUCAUGCAACAAUAGAAGAGCUUUUAGUUUUAAGCUCUUUAGCGAGAAGAUUGAUCCAAACCUGAAUCAAAGUAAUGAGAAAUUAGAGAUAGAAGAUGGUCAUGACCAUCGAUUUCUUAAUGGCAAUGGCAAUUCACUUCGUAGGUCCAGUAUUAGCAUGGGUAUUUUAGAUGCAUGCAACUAUGACCCGGAUUUCAUGGAUAACGGGUAUCUGUCGGAUGGCCUUCCUAAUGGAUCUAGCCACUACAUCCAUGAUAAGAAGAAAGGGUUGUCAUGGACAAGAGAUGAGCACAAAUCAUUCUUGAUGGGUUUAGAAAAGCUUGGAAAAGGUGACUGGAGAGGGAUUUCGAAGAAUUAUGUGAAAACAAGAACCCCAACUCAAGUCGCUAGCCAUGCCCAGAAGUAUUUCAUCAGAAUCAAAGCACACGAGAAAGGAAAACGCAGAUCAAGUAUGUUUGAUAUGCCCAAUCACUCGAUGAGUUAUGGCAAUGAGCAUAAAUCUAGUAAUCGAGAAUGUUCGAAUAUAAACAUAGGCGGAUUGCAUCCAUUCAAAAGCAGUUGGACACAAUGUACUUCUCAAGCCCUUUUUAUGUCUCGACCUUUGACAAUAACUUAUGGUUCACCUCGAACAAGUGUUGUGGCUUCAACAAGUAAAGAGAUAUUGCACAAAUAA